AUGCGGCCGCCCUGGGGGCUGCCCGCGCUGCUCGCCGCCCUCGUCGGCGUCUGCGUCUGGAGCGACGAGAGCGGCAAAGUUAUCUCGGACCGCUACGCCGUGUACUGGAACCGCAGCAACCCCCGGUUCCACGGCGGUGACUACACGGUGGAGGUGAGCAUCAAUGACUACCUGGACAUCUACUGCCCGCACUACGAGGAGCCGCUGCCCGCCGAGCGCAUGGAGCGCUAUGUGCUCUACAUGGUGAACGGCGAGGGUCACGCGGCCUGCGAGCACCGCCAGAAGGGCUUCAAGCGCUGGGAGUGCAACCGGCCCGCAGCGCCCGGCGGCCCCCUCAAGUUCUCCGAGAAGUUCCAGCUCUUCACCCCCUUCUCGCUGGGCUUCGAGUUCCGCCCGGGCCACGAGUACUACUACAUCUCCGCCUCUCCCCCCAACACCGUCGAUCGGCCCUGCCUGAAGCUCAAGGUUUACGUGAGGCCAACAAACGACUCCCUGUACGAGUCUCCAGAGCCGAUUUUCACCAGCAACAACUCGUGCCGCAGCCUGCAGGUGCCGCCGGCCGUGCUUGCCGUGGUGCCUGUCGCCUGGACACUGCUGGGCUCGUAGCUCCCGCGGAGGGACCGCCCCGGAGUGCUGCGCUCGCUGCUCGCUCUGCUCUCCCACCCGCCGCGUCGGCCCGGGUUGCCGCUGGAUGCGCCCGGCACGGCCCUAAUCCAUGUGCACCCCAGGAGCACAGCCAGCCCCAGCCCCUGGAGCAGCGGGAAGCCCCGGGCCACCACGGGGGCGGAUGCUGCACACAGCCUGUGGGUGCCUUCCCGGCAGGAUGGGGCUCCUGGAUGAUGUUGCUUUCUACUCUCCUAGGCCAAAUUGAGUCCUUUUUGACGGAUUUCUUUUUUAUUUUGGUUCAAUCUGCUGGUUUGGCUCCAGCCUGAGUGCUCUGAACUGACCAGCGAGGCAGGAACUGCUCUCCGUUUGCCGGUGACUGGAGGGGGAGCUGGUGCCAGAGCCGCACACAGAAGCUGAGGAUGGUGCCGAGGCUUGGGCUCUGCCAGCCGCGUGCUCCCGGUGCAGCGUGCCGAGCGUGUGCAGGCUGCCAGC